AUGGGUAACGUUUGCUGUGGCGUGAAUGCUUCCUUGCGAUCUGAUCUCCGGGGCCGUCGCCUGGGCAACAAGAGGGUGCACACCGAUGGCAAGACCUAUGCUCCCUAUGGUAUGGUGUCACAGCCAGCAGAUCCGCUCAAGGUGUCGGAAUACACACGCAGCAUGGACGGCGGCCUCAAAGAGAAGGUGGAUCUCCGCGAGUUCAUGACGACGGUGGAAGACCAGUCGCAAAGCAACAGCUGCUGUGCAAAUGCCGUGGCUGGGGCAUAUGAGUACAUCAACAAGCGAGAAGCUAUGAAACGUGGCGACUCCAUCGACGACAUCUCGAGACUGUUUAUUUACUACGUUGGCCGCAAGCGGGAUCAGCAGCACUUUGGCGAGGACGCGAAGAUGGCACCGCAAGACGAAGGGAUGACCCUGGGAGGUGCCAUCACCGCACUGGAGAUGAAAGGGGCCUGCCUUGAAAGGAACUGGCCCUUUGACCUGGACAAAGUGAACCACAAGCCCGAGCAGUCGUGCUUUGAUCAAGCCUUGCGAUACAAGAUCGCGAGCUCCCGGAAGGUCCCUGUGGACCUGGAUUGCAUGCGCGAGACCCUUUGUUCCGGGCAUCCCAUUGUCUUUGGGCUGAAGCUCACGGCCCAAUUCUUCAGUCCACUGCCCGGAGGGUUCAUCCCCACACCGGACCCAAGCGACCCACAGUCUGCGGAGCAUGGUCUGCAUGCCAUGCUCUUGGUAGGCUACAACGAUCGCCAGCAGGUGUUCAUUGUGCGAAACAGCUGGGGAACAUCUUGGGGUGAUCGUGGAUAUGCAUAUGUACCAUAUGACUACAUCGCCAACAUGGAGUUCAAUUUUUUAGACCAGUAUUGUAUCACAGGCUUGACAGACACGGACUUCACACCUGGCGACGAUGACGGCAAUGAUUUCGGAUAUUCCAAAGAAUCGGAUGGUUCGGGCCAGCCUGAGGUGGUAGACUUCGAGGAGGACCUCCCUGAGAUGGCAGAGGAUGAUUUUGAUCCCGAGGAUGAAUUUGAUGUUGACAAGGAGGCUAAACGGGUCUUCGACAAGUUUGAUGUGAACCAGAACGGUACGAUUGACGUCCAAGAGCUCGGCAUGUGUCUCAUGAUGAACGGGGUCUUCAUGGUUCCCCAUCAACUUGACGCACUGAUGCAGCAAUACCAGUCGGAUGGAAAGCCGGGACUCUCUUUCGAGGAGUUCAAGCAGAUGUGCGGACAAGCCGUCCAGACCAUUGAGAAGCCCAAGGCGGAAGAGUCCCCAAAGGAGGCCGAGCCGCCGAAGAAUGGCAAGGCGAAGGUAACCACCGAAGUCAGCAACGGCGCGAAUGGGAAGUCAGAGGUGACCACAGCGGCACAUGAGGAGCCGGCCAAGAUGGAGGAGAAGGAACCGGACCAGGAGCCGGUCAAGAUGGAGGACGAGGAGCCAGCCAAGGUGCCCACAGAGGCUGAAGAACCAGAAGUCACCGAGGAGGUGGUGGAGAAAGAAGUGGUGGCAAAAGAGGAGGCAGAAGCUGUUGAGGCUCCGCCGGCUCCAGCUAAGAAUGCUGCCGCUGCUCCAGCAGCGCAGGCGCAGGAGGCAGAAGCUGUUGAGGCUCCGCCGGCUCCAGCCAAGAGUUCAUUCCUGGACGUCUUGGGAGACGUUGACUGGAACAGCCUUGAUAACCCAGGCAACAGAGAUCCGGAUCCCAUUUCGGAGAUUGGGGACAUCUUUGCGAAGGCGGCCGACGUGGAUAGAAAGAAGCAAGGCAAGAAGAAAGAGAUUGGCGGACCCACCAAAGAAUUGGACAUAGAGGAGUACUACAGAAAGAAGGGGGUCGACCCUCGGCUUGGAGGGACUUUGGAUCCAGAGUUGGAAGACUGGGCAGAUGAUCCAAACUACUAUCCGGAGGAGGAGGAAGAUGAAGAGCCGGUCAUGAUCAAGCGGAAACGAGGUGCUGAUGACCAGGUCGAUUGGAGCUUCUUGCAAAAAGGAGACGUCGAAGGUGAAGUGACAGUGGGCAUCCGCGAGGUCGCAAUUCGCCUUGGUGGUCGUCAGGUGCUUCAAGACGCCUCAUGGACGGUGAAGACGGGAGAGAAGUUGGCACUGGUCGGCGCCAACGGUUGCGGCAAAACCACGCAGCUGCGGGUGCUGCUUAACCAGUUGACCCCGGAGAAGGGCGAGGUGGUAAAGAGCCCGGCGAAGGCAAAGGUUGCUAUCCUGGAGCAGAGCUUCGUGGACGACUUGGACCCGGAGCGGACCCUUAAGGAGGAGUUGCUCUCAGCUCUGCCGGAGCAGAAGGCCAUCCUAGACGAGAAAGAAGAGGUCACGAAGGCGCUGGAGGCGAAUCCAGAAGAUCCGCAGGAGCAGAUGCGCCUUGUCGACAGGCUUACGGAACUCACCACGCUCGAGGAGGAGUACGGGACCUACAAGUUGGACGACCAGCUUGCGACCGUCCAAACCAUUACCGGAUUCUUGGACGAGGAUCUGGAUCGAAAGGUUGGCCUCUUCAGUGGUGGCUGGAAGGUCCGCAUUGGUGUGAGCAAGCUCUUCAUGAACAGCCCUGACAUUCUCCUCCUCGAUGAGCCCACGAACCACUUGGAUUUGGAAGCGGUGGAGUGGAUUGAGAGCUUCAUUCGAUCCCUGUCAAGUCCAGUUGUUGUCGUGACGCACGACCGCGAGUUCAUGAACCGCACGUGCAACAGAGUGAUUGAGACAGUCGAGGGCAUGACGUACAGCUACGAAGGCAACUACACGGAGUUCAUCAAGCAGAAAGAGCAGAAGAUGAUCCUCUGGCAGAAGAAGUGGGAUCUGCAGGAGAAGAAGAGGAAAGAGCUGCAGGACUUCAUCAAGCAGAACCGAGGUCCUCGGCCCUAA